AUGGCUGUAACUGCUUUUCCCUCGAUGGAGGAGUCUCCCGAUCUCACGCUAUUGAAUGUGUCUCGUCUUUUUACCCGUCUCGAACACAACCUCUUAUCUCCUGGGUCGGAACUGCGUAUCCUGCGAGGGUCGGAGUUCCAGCGCAUGCGAGUGACCAAGAAUGUCGAAUACGCGCGCACCCUUCUUUCCCAGCUCGAACGCUCUCUCCCACACUUGAAACCACUGGACCGGCGACACGAGGCACAGGCCGAGAUUGCGCGUGACAGGCAGCUGCUGAAGCGGAUCCAGAUUGUCCUGGAUGAGGAGGACGCCCGUGCGGAGGACGAGACUGAGGAUGUCGAGGCAGAUGACGAAUGGAAGGAGUUGUUUGCUCAACCCAUCGUGGAGGGGACUUCAGUAGAGGCACAGAAACAACCCCGGGUCCAAAUAGACCAAGAGAAGAACAAAGACACGCAAAAAGCCAACAAGUCUACGACCACCGUAACUACAACAUCACCACUCGCACCCGAAGCAACACCACCCCCCUCAUCAACACUCCGCAACCGCCACACUACCCAAGAAGCCCGAAAAGACACAGCACGGACAACAGGCCGCAAUACCUCCCCCAACAAACUCGAAUCCACCGAACAAGCACUCACCUCCGACCGCAUGGAACAAGAAGACCUCACCAGCUCACUGCUAUCACUAGCCAGCCAACUGAAAGCAUCAUCACAUUCAUUCCAAUCCACGCUGGAGAACGAGAAGUCGGUGUUGGACCGAGCGGUGACGGGGAUCGACAAGACGUCAACGACGAUGGAGGCGGCGGGGCAGCGGAUGGGGAUGCUGCGUAAGAUGAGCGAGGGCAAGGGUUGGUGGGGACGGAUGAUGCUCUACGCGUGGAUUUUCGGGUUGUGGCUCGUUGCGGUGUUGCUUGUGUUUAUUGGGCCGAAGUUGCGGUUUUGA